AUGCCUACCCACCAACUCAUUCAAUAUGUGGAGAGUCCAGAAGGGCUAGGUCAUGACAUCCUCAACCGAAGCAGUGCCACAAUGCCCAGCUCUGGCUCCGGCUCCAGUGUUACACCCCACACCAGCCUGGCGGAGAAGACUGGAAUGUCCGUACCGAACGGUCUUCCUCUGGCCUGCAUGUUUUGCGAGAAGAUCUUCGAGCACGAGGAAGACCUCGGACCACAUUUACUCAGCCAGCAUCCCACUACUCUGCACGCACCUGCUGUGCUUCGCGUCGAGGCCGAGUUCCUGACCCCAGCUGAAAGGACUCGCACCAAGACGUGCCAAAACGAUGUUAACGAAGAGCUGACCUGCGGGGUAUGCGGCCAGGUCACGGAAAACGCUGCCGAGCUCGACUCUCACAUGCGGAAGCACAAGGACUCCUUCAUAUACUGCUGUAACUUGUGCGGUCGACGUUUCAAAGAGCCCUGGUUUCUCAAAAACCACAUGAGGACCCACGGCAAAUCCAGAUCCGGCAAGAAUCAAGACGUAGAGGCACCCAUCACUAUUAAUGACAUCGUACAAGAACGGCCAGCGUCGCCCACAUCGACGGCGUACAAGAUGUGCAUGGUGUGUGGCUUUUUUUUCCUAAAUAAAGACGUUCUCGCAGAGCACAGCAAAAUGCACAAUCGAGAACCGGAACCUGAGGAUAACGUGUCUUCGAAAGACCAGCUUGACACUCCUGCCUCUCAGGAAGGCUUCCUUCAGUGCCUCAACUUGCACAGAACAUCCCAGAAAUCUGAACGGAAGAGCCAGCCCGGCCGCUGGAUCGCACAACUCGACCCCUUUAACACCUACCAGGCCUGGCAACUGGCCACCAAGGGCAAAAUCGCAGCAGGGCCGAACCUGAGCAAGGAACCCAACCCCGAAUCCAAUUCAGACAACGAGGAGUCCGCGUCGGACAAAGAGGAGCUGGGGUCCAUCUGGGACUCGAGCGGCGGGGAGAAACUGGUGAGAAGGGGCCUGAGGACCGAGAUGAAGACUAGACUCAGUGUUGGAGGAACUCCCUGUAUCGAGCAGACCAGCUUGAGUCUGCGCAAAGACAAACCCACAGACUGCGAAGAGUGCGGCAAAACGUUCAGGACCUACCAUCAGCUGGUUUUGCACUCCAGGAUUCAUAAGAAAGAGAGGGGUGGAGCGGAUAGCCCCACCACACCGGGAGAAGGAAGGACCCCAAGCGUGGGCUCGGCGGAGAGUUUGUCACUAGAUCAGGCAGAGGAGGGCUCGGAGGAUGGCUUUGAAGAAGGUUUGCCUGGUGAAGAAUUUCAGUCAGAUAAAAUUGAAGAGCGCUCUGAGAAAAUGAAACUGAAAAUCCUCACGCCGAGGAAGUGCUGCUACUGUGGCAAGACUUUCCGAUCCAACUAUUACCUCAAUAUUCAUCUCAGGACACAUACAGGGGAAAAACCUUACAAAUGUGAGUACUGUGAUUACGCAGCUGCACAGAAAACCUCUCUGCGGUACCACCUGGACCGACGUCACAAAGACAAGCCUUACUCCGAGAUCGCCAACAUUCCUGCAUCGUCCGCACCCAACGCUAACGGCUCCAAGGGCCGAGAGUCACCUUCGAAUACGGACGACAAGUCGGCCUUAAAACCAUCUAAACCAUCUCCUGCUCCUAACGCUCCGGCUGCCUACAUCAAGCAUGAAGCAGUUCCCAUUCAGCCUGCUAUUUCCAUCCCCGUACCUGUCAUCCGCGUCAAAGAAGAGUUCGUCAGCGUGAACGCCAUAUCUCUGAAUACUCCCCCUAACCAGCCUCACGUGAAUGCUACGCUCCAAAUAAACCCAAAACCCGACUGGAAAGAAGCUGCCGAGGCACCCUUAGAUCUAUCCCUGAAAGACUCUGUGUCCAUGUCCGCUACCUCAGUGCCUAGAAGCAUGCUACUGACCAACUCCUGUACUUCCUGUUCAUAUGAGACCUUCUAUCCUGAACUUCUGCUCAUGCACAGGAAACUUUUACAUAAGGAGAAGACGGACGCCAAGAAGUACUCCUACAGGCCGCCAGUCAAGCUGAAGCGCUACACCGGGUGCCCUCCGGCUCUCGAAGGAAAAGACGUGGCUCCUUUGGCUACCAUCAAUCAGAAAUGUAAUCGCCGCACCAAAUCCCCACAGCCCCAACCUGGAAAAUCCACAGAGAAGAUGCAGACGCCCAAACCUCCUCAGGUCACAAACAGGACUCCAUUGGGAAUCGGUACGAAGAAAGCGGAGUUAACAAAGACAUCUCCCGCAAAAGAAUCCUGGAGAGAAAAGCAGAACGUGACCCAGAGGAUCAGAGCUUCUGAAACGGUCCUAGGCAUCCAACCCAGAUUUCCAGAUUCAGUCAUAGAAUCCAGCAGGAAAUUCAACAUUCCCGUCAUCUCUCAAAAACCCAACCUGGUUAAAAACGGUGUCGCCUGGCCCUCGGAAACGACCAGGCUGUGCCUCUCCGACCGAUUCAGGAACCUUUCACAGGCGGACAUUCACAACGGCGAGCCUUCCAGCAAGAGGUCGAAAAACUCGGAACCGGUGCAGGUGGCGGGAAGGAUCGGCGAGCUGUCCCUGGGCAGGAACGUUAAGAACUUCCUGCCCGUGGCUCCUGGCCGUGUGCCGCCCACAGCAUCUGGGAGCAGCAUGGAGGCAGACUGGAAUGUCAUCAACCUGCUGCGCACCUACACUCCUAACGAGCUGACGUCACUUUAUCAACCUGUCAUGCCGGCCUCCGGCCAUGCCGUGGCUGGAAACGCACCCAGUGCUGGGAACAGGGCACUGCUUUUUCCACAUUACGCCAACAGCAUCAUCCAAAGGAGAAGCCACCCCAACCCUCCUGAUGCCACCUCGUAGAACACAUGGCUUGAAGAAUUUGAACAAAACCCAACAAUGGAUACUAUGACCGGAAUAAAAGGUUUAAGUUAGCGUCUCUGACGCUCGUCCGCUCCAGACACUACUCCUAAAGUGAGGGACACGCUAUAAAGCCGGGACAUUAAGCGAGCACGAGGAACGAUUUGUUCUUGAACAGUGUUUUCAAACCGUCAUUAAAUUCGACAGUGUACAGAAAUCAGCAUUGGUAUUGCACUUAACACGAAACACAACAUAUCCUGCACUCCUGCUUCCUCCAAAUAGUUCUCGGGAAUCGGCCAGUUUCAAAAUCGAACGCUUUGGGGAAGACGUCGCAAAAGUGCCUGUUCUACUUACUCGCUGUUCUGAACCGAAAAGUAGAUCACUUGAGAGAUCGUUCGAAAGCGAGACGUUUCUAUUAAGGUCUACUUUACACCCUGCAGCAGCUUGUGGUUUUGUUCCAUUUGUGCAAGUAAAAGCUGCUGAGGUUUUUUUUGUCUCAAAACUGAGACACUUAGAACAAUAGUCAUGUACUGUGUACUUUGAUUUUUUUUUUGUAUGGAGACGAAUGCAGCCGCUGUAAAAAACCAAACCUUUCACUGUGACUAAACUAGACUUGCAAGCUUCACUUCAAACGGACUACAAAGCUGUGAUCUAACUCAAGAGGGCUCCUAUUGGUUCAAUGUUACAUUUUUACAGUCAAGCCAAGGAUGUGUAUUUAUUUCUUGCUUUGUCGUGGCAUUCUCAGAUUCUAUUCAGGGUUGACCACCUAAAGACCCACUUGUAUGGUCUGCUUUCAAAAACUAUCUUUGCUACCUUCCUUAAGGCUGCCUAAGCACCAGUGUUAACUUAUUUGCUUGUACUCCUUCCUGAUAACUUGAAUUAUCAUUUGUUUGAUUUUUUUUUGCCUUAGUGUGGCAGGUGUUUUGUGUAAGCAGUUAGCCUGAGAGAAUGAACUCUUAACGUACGUCCAACUGCUGGAGUGGCUUGCAGAGUUAUAAUGGCGCGUCUGUCGCCUCUCAGUAUUGAAUCCUUUCAUCUUUUAACGUUCAUUCAGCUGAACUAAAAUGAUCCAUCACUGAGGUGUCAUCUGUAAAUAUUUGUGGGUUUCCCCCCUCUUUUGGUUCUUUGUGUUAUGUUGUAUUUUCUCUUUUUUUGCACUUUGACUGUUUUUGUAAGACCAUUAGAGCAGUCGUGCUCUCUUCCAGUUAUAGAAACUAGAAACGACAUGCGAUGAGGUGCAAAACGCAGAGCAUGGACUGCACAGAAUUUCUGAAGAACCACAGAAAUGCAAGAACUGUGAUAAUUAUUCGUCCCUUUUGUUCAGUACGUACAUUCUGGUGUUUGGUUGUAUACUUUGUAACCAUGCUCAUUAGGUCAAGUGUAUUUCAGACUGUUCUGUUGCAGAAUAAAGAUGGUGUGUGUUAGAGGACAUUUUCUAAUUUGUCUGAUUAAAAAAUGCACUGGAUUGCAUUGUCUAU